GAACAAAUAGAACAAAUAGAAUGAAUAGAACGAAUAAAACAAAUAGAAUGAAUAGAACGAGGAGAACAAUUUGAACAUUGAGAACAAUUUGAACAUUGAGAACAAAAAGAAGAACGAGUAUAAUGAGAAGAACGAAUAGAACGAGGAGAUCGAAAGUAAUCUUCAGUUAGAUCUUUAAAAAGUAGUUGUUCAAUCUACGCAAUAAUUUCUGCCAUAAAAGGUAUUGUAAAUCGUUAAUGGAUCACUUAAAUUUACGUUGACAGCCCCUUUAAGGAUAGUUGGUCGGUUUUUACAAAAAUAUUGUCUAAUGGAGGUCGGUAUUGAAUGUAGGUGCUGCUCAGAUAAUAUGAUAAAUGAGAAGGUUUGCACUGUUUUUGCUUGGUUAAGGUUUAAGCUAGGGACGGGGAUCGAUUUUGGUUUGUUCUUAAACAUUUUAUUUUUUACUUCUAAAAGGCGUAAAUAUAUUCACAAAAUUAUUCUUUUUACGUUUUGCUUUUGAUACAAUGUGCUAAAAUUUUACUCGAGUCUCGAUAAAAUGGACUGUCUUAAAUGUUUUCUGGUCUUCUAUCUCAAAUUUCCUCUAUUGUUUCAGUCACCAAGAAACCACGAAUAUAUAAUCGAUUUUUAAAGAGAAAAAUAUAUAUUUUUGAGUAUUGAUCUCAAAAAGCAUUAAUGGAUACUGUUGUGAAUAGGACAUGCCUAUCUACAAAUUAAAGGUCACUUGAAAUUAUGAUUAGUCCAUUUACAAUUCCAAAAAAAUGGAUUGCCAUCUCUAGUUCCAGGCGGCGCCUGGUUCCACUGGUUCUCCAGGUCUAGCCGAGACCAGGGGAUAUUCAUCAUAACAAGAGUUUGUGAGUUUUGGUAAAAAAGUGCUUUAAAACCUAAAUGCUCCAAGGAACCGCUUUAUCUACCCCUAGACUCCUGCAGUCUUUUCUGCCUAGAUACGUGGAGACAAAAUUUGCGGAUCAAAUGGAGCCAAAACACACAAAAAAUCUUGUGUGUAUUGUCUAUAAGUGUCUCCUGCCUGAGAUGGAAAGAGGGAAUGGAGUUAAUACAGAAUACAGACCUCGUACUUUCUUCAAUUCAGACACUCCAGCCCCUGUCCCGCGGCGAAGGAAGGAUGAGGAUGAGGUGAGGAGGGAGAGGCCAGGAAUGCGCGAGCAAGAGAUCAAAAAGUACAAACCAGAUCUUACUCCGACCAAUCUUUACUCAAAGUCAGACUCAGACUCAAGCUGCGACCUCAGACGGACAAGCAGUGGAUACUAUUCAUCGGCCAGUGAAAACGGAGGAUCCAAUUCCUCCCGGAGGCCGGAGGAUAUCAAGGAUUCCUCCAGAUUCUUGGAGGACAGUAAAAAGAACAAACCCGACCUGAAAAAUGUUAAACCCAAAGUAGACACCGGAUUAGGAAUAAAAAAAUCCGCGUCGCACACUCGUAUUCCGGAGAAUCCUGUUCCUCCCCCUCUACAGAAACGAUCGGAACCAAACCUCUCAAAACACCGGAAAUUCUCCGGUUCCUUCAAAGUUCCGGAUCUACCCCCAUCCUCAACCUUUACACGGAACACAGGGAACCGGAGAAGUUUAACCCGCCUGUUUCUCCGGAACGGAGACAAUCGAAAGGUUGAUAAGGGGUCCGGAGGAGAGAUAAAAACUCCGUUUGGUGUGUGUAAAGAGACCCCGGAGCCUGAGGAGGUGAACUGUAAAAGAUCAAAUUUCCUAAAUAAAAGAUCUAUAACAAGUUUAUCUUUGUUUAACAGAAAGGAAGAUGAGCCGAGCUCAGGACAGGAUAACAAGGAACGGAAAAACAGUUUCUCUCGGAUAAGAGCGGCGCGAAGCAGCUUAGAUCUUUCUUCUAUAGGGUUAGGAAGCCUCUCAAGAGCUUCUAGUAAAUCAACACUCUCAGAAUUAAAGGAGGAGAGUUGUGAGAAGGGAGAAAGAAAGCACUCUGAUCGGCCUUGGUUCGAUCUAACGAGGGUUUGGAAGGAUCAAACAAAGGAUCUUCCUACCGACGAAAUGCUCCAGAAGAUGAGAAAAGAGAGAAGCGGGCGCGCUAAAACUGUGCCCACCGGACUCGGAGACUCACUAGAACCUAUCAGUUCACAGGAUGUUCCGGACGGACUCAGCUCCCUCCCUCCCUGCCAAACGACGCCAUCCACGCUUAAGAAAACCGUUCACUUGCUGAGCCCGGAGGUGUUGACAAACUGGUAUGAGAAGAGGAAGAAGGUUGAGAGCCUGUAUGGUGGUUUGGGUCCCCGCAGGAACAGUGUUUCCAACCUAUUUUUCCAUCCUGAUAAGAAACAGAGUUCCCCACUCGCGGAAUUAAAAAACAGUGAUAAAAUGAGGAAAUCCAUGUUGAACUUGGAGGAUUUACAUUCCGGGGAUUUGAGUUCCGGCUCCGGGAAGGGCGUACAACGCUCGGAAUCCGCCAAAUUAUCAAGUGACAGAAACCGUUGGAGAGGGAAGGGAAUACAGAGGUCGGAGAGUGCUCGUCUCAUCACUAUGAGACAGUCACCACUUCAGCAGAGACAAAAUAGUCAUCCAAGUCUAGUUCAACAACAGUCCUACUCCUCCUCCUCCUCCUCCCUGGCAGACAGGAGCUCCCUAGAGUCCCCCAGCAAGCUCACCACCUGCUCCCUCUCUAACAAUGAUCCCUUCUUUGCAGAUAAUCCUAACGAUUCAGAUUCGGAUCUUGAGGCGGAAGCGGAUCCGCCAGAUUGGAGGCAUUCCUUGACGGCGGAAGAACUUAGUCAACUCUCUGCCAAAGAGUUAAAGCGUCAAGAUGUUAUAAACGAACUUUUUCACACAGAAAAGUCUCAUGUGAGGAACUUAAAAGUGCUUGAAAGUGUGUUUCGACAACCUUUAGUCGAAAAAGGACGAAUGUCUAAAGAAUUGUCGAACAAGCUGUUUGCAAACCUUGAUCAGGUUUUAGCCCUGCAUCAAAAAUAUAACACGGCGAUGAAAAGUCGUGUCAAAAACGGGUUUCCCGUCAGGGACAUUGGGGACAUCCUCACAGACAUGUUCUUGGACGGCAAUGGUGAUACUUUGGUGAAAGUGGUCGGAGAGUUUAUUAAAAACCAAAACUUUACUAUUGAAGAACUGAAAAGAACUCGGAGCCGAGAUACUAAACUAGAAUUAUUUCUAUCUGAACUUGAACGGAAACCCGCGUGUCGACGGCUCCAACUUCAGAGUAUGCUCCCUAUGGAGCAUCAGAGACUAGUGAAAUAUCCACUCCUCCUGGAGCAGAUAGCUAAGUACAGUGAUACCCCUGAGUCGUGUUCAGAACACGAUAUUGUAUUGUCUGCUAUGGAAAAAACUAAAGAUAUAUUGGACAGUAUAGAUAGACUGGUUGCUCAGCAACAGAAUAAAGAGAGAUUAAGUGAAAUACAAUUAAAUAUUGACACUUCAGGUCUUGAUAAACUAGGCAGUGAUAACCCUAUAUACAAGGAGUAUAAAAACCUAGAUCUGACGAAACAUGUUCUAGUUUACGAUGGACUACUUACUCUUAAACUUGGUGAUACAAAGCGGUUUAAACAGCUGCAUGUAGUUCUCCUAGAGGACUGUAUGAUGCUGCUACAGAAGCAAGGAGAGAAAUAUCUUCUAAAGUUUCAUAAUAAUCAAUCUCAGGGUGGAGAAUCAAGAAGAUCGUUUCAUUCUCCGAUUAUAAAGUUUAGUACUAUGCUGGUUCGUCCUGUAGCUACGGAUAAGCGAGCCUUCUACCUUCUAAACACCACGGAGUGUGGACCCCAGAUCUAUGAGCUACUUGCAGGGUCAACCUCGGAGAGAACCAGGUGGAUUAAACAUAUCACAGAGGUGUCCAAUGCUUACAAAUCCCGAGAUGGUGUUACAAAAACCAAAUCUGAACCUGAACAGCUGGGUGGGAGUGUAAAGGAGAAACAAGAUCUCCGGUCCCAGUCCUUCAGAGACCCUACUGGGAGCCCCAGGAUGAGCCGGGCUGACCGUCAGAACUCUAGUCCUCCUGAGUGCCCCCUUACAUCACCUGAAUCAGAGGAAACUAAACCUGAACCUAGUUCUCCAGACUCAGGAGCAAGCACGCCGAGUGCGCCGAAGAAAAGACUUCAACGCGUGGAAAUCCUGAAAAUAGUUGACUCCGAACCCAUGAUAGAACCUAGUCAGGUUCGGGUUAAUCAGACUACGGUACUCAUGGCAGAUCCAGUCAUAACCCCGUUCGAGAAACUGAGACAAAAG